GAUGCGUUGGGCCAUGGGCAGGGUGAGGCUGCCUGGCCAUGCGGGGCACGGGGAGCGGCUGCCGGGCUGGCCCCGGCCGGUCGCUGCCGCCGGGCUCUGCUGCGUGCCUUGGCAGCCGUCCCAGCGCGGGCGGCAGGCGCCGGCAGAGAACAGCCCCAUGGCCACCGGGACCGAGAAGGGUGUGGAGGCGGCCCGCGGCCCCGCUGCCUGCUACCGGGAGCUGAGCCGCUUCCCUGCCGUCACCCGUGCCGCCCUCAGGGCCGCGGCUGGGGGCCAGACCUUCCUGCUCUACACCGAGUGCAGCCGCCCCGACCCGGCCCGCCGGCGGCUCCUGCGCUUCGGCCGCCACUACAGCCUGCGGCGCACAGCCGGCCGCGAGGGCCUCGCCGUCAGCCGCACCGCGCUCAGCGCCGAGAUCCACAGCCAGCCCCUCAGCCGGGACUCGCCCUCGGGCCGGCGCCGCGCCGCGCUCCAGCGCUGCCCGCCGCAGGGCCACGAGCUGCUGGAGGUGUGGGACAGCGAGGGAUGCACGGCGCUGGGGAAGCACGGGGACGUCUACACGGAGGGGCCCUUUGCCUGCCUGGCCUGGUCACGCUCGGAGACACGGCUGCUCUAUGUGGCUGAGAAGAGCCGGCCCAAAGGACAGCCCCCCUGCCCCUGGGAUGUGCCAGGAGCAGCCUGGCCAGCAGCAGAGGAUGAGGAUGAGGAGGGCAAGCAGUUUGUGUACCACGAGGACUGGGGAGAAGCCCUGAGCUCACAAAGCGUGCCAGUCCUCUGCGUCCUGGACCUGGAGGGCCUCAGCCUGUCAGUGCUGGAGGGGGUCCCAGAGCACCUCUCCCCUGGCCAGGUCAGGAUGGGUGCAGGCAGUGCCCCAGGGGACCCAGCCUGGGGCCGUGGGAUGAGCCUGACUGUCACACAGGCCCUGUGGUCCCCGGAUGACCGUGGUGUGGUGUUCGUGGGCUGGUGGCACACGCCCUUCCGCCUGGGACUGAACGCCUGCUCCAACAGGAGGUCAGGGAUUUUCCACUUGGACCUGGCCAGCGGGUGCUGCGAGCUGCUGUCAGCAGAGGAUGGUUCUGUCUGCUCCCCGCGGCUGAGCCCUGAUGGCCAGCGCCUGCUCUACCUGGAGGGGGCUGUGGGGGGGCCCCACCGGCAGUGUCUGCGCCUGCGCAUGCUCACCUGGCAGACAAGGCAGACGGUGACAGUGCUCGACGUGGUUCAGGAGCCCACAGCGGCCUUUGCUGGGCUCUACGCAGAGGCGCUGCCCCUGUGGUGCUGGGCAGCUGACAGCCGGCGAGCCGUGCUGGGCACCCCUCAGCGGAGCCGCACGGACCUGCUGCUCGUGGAUACGGAGGCGUGCACCGUCACCAACCUCACAGCAGGGUCAUCUGAAGGGUGCUGGGAGCUGCUCACUCUCCAGUGGGACCUGCUGGUGGCCACCUGCUCAGCCCCCCACCACCCCCCCAGCCUGGUGGUGGCCGUGCUGCCGCCGGCAGGCCAGGAGUUGCCCCUUGUCUGGGUGCCAGUGGAGGACACCCCAACCGUGCCUGGUGUCACCUGGAAGACCCUGACGUUCCAGCCACCCUGCAGUGGGCAGGGCCCUGCUGCACAGGGUACCCAGGCUUUUGAGGCCCUGCUGCUGAGCCCCUCAGAUGGCACACCACCGCACCCCCUCGUUGUGUGCCCCCAUGGUGGCCCCCACGCUGUCUUCGAUGCCCGCUGGCGUCCGAGCAUGGCUGCGCUGUGCCGGCUGGGCUUCGCCGUGCUCCUGGUGAACUACCGUGGCUCCCUGGGCUUUGGCCAGGCCAGCAUCACCUCCCUGCUUUCCCGUGUGGGUGAGCAGGAUGUGGCAGACACCCAGCUGGCAGUGGAGCAGGCGCUGCACAGAGAGCCCCUGGACCCGCACCGCCUGGCCCUGCUGGCUGGCUCCCACGGAGCCUUCAUCGCCCUCCACCUCCUCGCCCGUGAGCCUGAGCGUUACCAAGCCUGUGCCCUGCGCAGCCCUGUCUCCAACCUGCCCGCGCUGCUGGGCACCUCUGACAUCCCCGACUGGCGCUACACCUCCCUGGGGCUGCCCUACUCCUUCGAGCAGGUGCCGUGUGCUGAGGAGGUGGCCACCAUGCUGCUGCGCUCUCCCAUCGCCCAGGCAGCCCAGGUGCAGACACCGGUGUUGCUGUGCGUGGGUGCCCGGGACCGGCGCGUCAGCCCCACACAAGCACUGGAGCUGUACCGGGUGCUGCGGGCCAGGGGUGUGCCAGCACGGCUGCUGUGGUACCCAGAGGGUGGCCAUGCACUGGCUGGUGUGGAGACGGAGGCUGAUGUCUUCAAGAACUGUGCCCACUGGUUCCUCCAGCACCUGGGGUAGCCCAGGAAGGAUGGGACAGGCCAGCACAGCCCCUAGUGCCCACAGUGGUCCUGGGCUAUGCCAACCCCAGAGUGACUGCUGGCCCUGGGGACCACACCAGGACCAGAGGCAGAUAGAGUGAGUGUAGCCAGGGGCAGGGA